AAAGACUUUUAUUUGAAUAUUGCAAAGGAAUAGGCUUUGGUAAAGUUUCUGAUAAAUGGGCCGCCUAUAAAAUUGGACCGCUUAAUCAUGCAAGGUGGUUAACUCUAGCUAUUCGCCUUCUCUGCUUGUAUACUAGAGACAAUCAACCAAGUGUUUCUUUAAAAAAACUCGUAUGUUUUAUUGUUCAGGUUUACGCUCCAGCGUGGUUCGAUAUAAAAAAAUCUUCAAAAUUUCACGAAUCCCCGCGCCUUAUUUUUUCUACUAUCACUAGAAUAAAUAAUCUCCCCUUUGAUGAUGUUAAAUAUAUUGUUAAAAAAAACAUUAAAAACAAUGCAUUGUGCCUAAAACCUGAAAAUAUUCUUUAUGCCAUGUUAAAAGAUAAUGACAGCAAGAUACGAAACUUUGGUUUUCAAAUCCUACUGGGUCUAAGGCAAAGAGUAAACAACGAAAGUUUGGAAGUAAAUUUGAAAAAAAUUCCAGAAAUUAAUUUUAAUGCUAAUCAUUGGUAUGAGUUGGUAGACAUCAGCAUUACUAAAUUUACGGAGCCCCCAACAACACAACAUUUUUCAAUUGAGCAAAUCCAAUAUGCGAUUGACAAUAAUGUUAAACCUGAAAUCCCCGUCUUUCCAUCUCACUCCCAGAGUGUUGAGCGAGCGGUAAAACUUGUGUCGGACGCAUCCCAAUAUGUUUAUGGAUUCGAGAAUCGACACAGCUGCAUUUUAACUAAACUACUUAUUAGGAAGAUGCGUAAACCUUAUAUUUCAAAAGAGCAUUAUUCCCAUUCUUAUUAUGAUAUUUUUUAAUUGAAAAUGUUUUCCUAAA